AUGUUUACCUGCGAGCAAAUAAAUCUAUCUAUCUAUCUAUCUAUCUAUCUAUCUAUCUAUCUAUCUAUAAUCUAUAACGCUUUCCAUAUCUAUCUAUCUAUCUAUCUAUCUAUCUAUCUAUAUUCUUCUUCUUCCCCCCUGCGUCAUCUCCCGUCGACGGGAAAAUCGUGGAGGAAACGAUACGGGACGGACGGAGGAAAAGGGGGAAACGAACGACGGGACGAAGACGGCAAGCGCCGGCGGAAUCGGGCACGGCUCGGCAGGCGGAAGGAAGCGAGAAACUCCCCGCCGGAACCGCUUUCGCCGCGACACCUCUCCCAGAACCGGUGCCCUCCCACGCGCUCUCUCGCUUUCGCUGCGCCUUCGGGGUUCUUCCUAGGUCCGUGUUUCAAGACGGGUCUGGUGGGUUGCCGAUGCACGUCGCGGACCCGAGGUGACAGGUGGCACAGUCAGACGCCGACCUACCAGUGCCCUCCCGCGCGCCCAGAUUUUUGCGUCCGGACGCGGAGAAGACGACGCGACGAGACGACGUCGCGCGCCGGCACGGGAAUCGACGCGGCCGCGAAGGUUUCGAAGCUCCCGCGAACACUGUCCCGCGCGCGCCCGAGAUAA